AUGCAUAGUGAUAACAUCCCUUCAGAGACGAUUCAGAAUGCAGACGGCUUGAGGAAGGAGUUGGAGAGGGUCCAGGAUGAUAAGAUGGAACUCUAUAGGAAGGCUAAGGAUGAUAAGAUGGCUGCUACAGAGUUCAAGUGCCGACAAGAUGCACAUGAUGCGAGGCUUGUACACGAACUUAGAGAAUAUGUUAGACGAUCUCAGUGGGUCAAUCCGGGUUCGAUCCCUGGUGAUGGCAUCUUUUGUUAG